AUGACCCCGUCCACCACUAAGCCAGACCAGACGACCCCGUCCACCACUAAGCCAGACCAGACGACCCCGUCCACAUCUAAGCCAGACCAGACGACCCCGUCCACAUCUAAGCCAGACCAGACGACCCCGUCCACAUCUAAGCCAGACCAGACGACCCCGUCCACCACUAAGCCAGACCAGACGACCCCGUCCACAUCUAAGCCAGACCAGACGACCCCGUCCACCACUAAGCCAGACCAGACGACCCCGUCCACCACUAAGCCAGAAGAGAUGACCCCGUCCACCACUAAGCCAGACCAGACGACCCCGUCCACAUCUAAGCCAGACCAGACGACCCCGUCCACCACUAAGCCAGACCAGACGACCCCGUCCACCACUAAGCCAGACCAGACGACCCCGUCCACAUCUAAGCCAGACCAGACGACCCCGUCCACCACUAAGCCAGACCAGACGACCCCGUCCACCACUAAGCCAGACCAGACGACCCCGUCCACAUCUAAGCCAGACCAGACGACCCCGUCCACCACUAAGCCAGAAGAGAUGACCCCGUCCACCACUAAGCCAGACCAGACGACCCCGUCCACAUCUAAGCCAGACCAGACGACCCCGUCCACCACUAAGCCAGACCAGACGACCCCGUCCACCACUAAGCCAGACCAGACGACCCCGUCCACCACUAAGCCAGACCAGACGACCCCGUCCACCACUAAGCCAGACCAGACGACCCCGUCCACCACUAAGCCAGACCAGACGACCCCGUCCACCACUAAGCCAGACCAGACGACCCCGUCCACCACUAAGCCAGACCAGACAACCCCGUCCACCAGGUAG